AUGGUGGUCUACUUCAAGGCGCGUCCGGACGCCGGCGACUACACCAUCUACAUGGGCGCCGACAAGAACGAGAACGAGGAGCUCAUCAAGUACGGCCUCCCCGAGGACGUCUGGUUCCAUGUGGACAAGGUAUCCUCGGCACACGUCUAUUUGAGGCUAAAGAAAGGCGAGACCAUAGAUACCAUCAGCGAGGGCUUAUUGGAGGACUGCGCACAGCUCGUAAAGGCUCAUUCCAUUCAAGGGAACAAGAUGAACAACGUUGAGGUGAUCUACACGCCCUGGUCUAAUCUCAAGAAGUCCCCAUCUAUGGAUGUCGGCCAAGUUGGCUUCCACAACCCACGGAUGGUUCAUGUGCUUACAGUCGAGAAGCGUGUCAACGAGAUCAUCAACAGGUUGAAUAAAACGCGGGUAGAACGCCGAGCAGACUUGAAAGCCGAGAAAGAGGCAUCAAAUGCAGCAGAAAAGGCCGAGAGGAAGAUGCAGCUGAAAGAGAAGAAGCGGAAGGAGGAGAUGGAAAGGCUGGAGAAGGAGAAGUGGGCGGAGAUACGGAGCUACAAGGGCCUCAUGGUGGCCGAGAAGAUGACGUCCAACCGCCAGAUCGCCUCGGCCGGCAAGUCCAUGCAGGAAAUGGAGGAUGAGUUCGUCUGA